ACCUUAUCAUUGUGAAGCUGGAAAAUAAUGAUAUAUAGACAUAUCUUGGUAAGCUCGAUCGCUUAAUUGCUGAUUUUGAAUUGCUCAUGCCUUUCACUAAUGAUGUAGUCAAACAUGCUGAACAACGUGGCAAGUUUUUUAUGGUUCUUGCACUUGUUGGACCUCCUACUGAGCUUGAUUAUGUCCGCAAUCAAAUCUUAUCUGGCACAGUUGUUCCGUCUUAUGACACCGUUAAUGAACAGUUACUUUGCCUCUCAGUUCCUCACAUGUUUGGUCAUUCUCUCGUACCUCCAACUGAUUCCUCUGCUUUAUACUCCCAAUCUUCCUACUGGGGUGGACGAAGUGGAACUCGUGGUGGAUAUCAUGGUCAACGUCCUCACUUCAAUUUUUGUCAACGGUAUGGCCAUACUAAGGAAGAAUGUCGUACAAAGGCACAACAACAACACAAGACAGCUAAUAUUGCUCAAAUCAUUUCUCCAAAACCAUCAUAUGAGGUUUCAAUUUCCGUUGAUGCCUAUAAUGAGUUUCUCCAAUACAAGGCAGCCAUGCAACCUACACAACAUGUGGUCGCCGUUACUCAGUCUGGUAAUCCUCUAGCCUAUAUUUCUCAGUCCUCCUCUCUUGGAUCUUGGAUUCUUGACUUCGAUGACCAUAUGUUUGGUAACAAGUCUUUUUUCUUUCAACUGACUUAUUUGGAUUCUUUAUCUUCUGUUACCAUGGCAAAUGGCUCUCAAAUGAAAGUUAAUGGCAUUGGUCAAACACAACCUUGUUCAAGGAUCGGUGUACCGGACAGACAAUUGGAGCAGGACAUGAGUCUCGAGGAUUAUACUAUCUGUCACAAUCGGUUGCUUGUAUCUCCACUGCAUCUCAAGCUCUUGAGCAUCAAUGCUUACAUCAUCCUCGUCCUACCAAAAAUGCGCCUUAUGCUUCCUAGUUUUUCUUACAGUUCGUCUUUUCAAUGCGAGUCUUGUCAGUUAGGAAAACACACUCGUCAUACCUACAGUACUCGAGUUAAUAAAGGCGUUUCGUCACCUUUUGCUUUAGUUCACUCCGAUAUUUGGCGUCCUAGUCGUGUCUAUUCUACUUUGGGUUUUUAUUACUUUGUUACUUUCAUUGACGAUUUCUCUCGAUGUACUUGGUUAUUCUUAAUGAAAAAUUGUUCAGAUCUUUUUUCUAUAUUCCAAGGUUUCUCGACUGAAAUUCAAAAUCAAUUUGGCACCACUAUUAAAAUUUUACGCACUGACAAUGCUCGUGAAUAAAUGUCUUCCCAGUUUUAGUCUUUUCUUAGUUCAUAGGGUAUCAUACGUCAAACAUCUUGCUCUCACACACCUCAACAAAAUGGUGUUGCUGAAAGAAAGAAUCGACACUUGGUUGAAACUGCCCGUACCCUUCUUCUUCACCAAAAUGUUCCUCUUCGAUUAUGGGGAGAUGCCAUUCUGACAGCAUGUUAUUUGAUCAACCGCAUGCCUUUGUCCGUCUUUAAUAAUCAGGUUCCUUAUUCUCUCUUAUAUCCCACACAAGAUCUUUACUCCAUUCCUCUUUGAGUCUUUGGUUGUUCAUGUUUUGUCCAUGACCUUACUCCAGGUAAAGAUAAACUUUCUGCCAUGUCUCUCAAAUGUAUUUUCCUUGGUUACUCACGCCUUCAAAAGGGCUACUGUUGUUUUUCUCCUCAACUUCAACGAUAUAUAGUUUCUACUGAUGUCACCUUUUUCGAGACUACCCUGUUCUACACUUCUACUAUUGAAUGUCAAUCUUUCAAUUGAAUCUUUAGAAGUCUUGUCUGUUUCGACUCAAGUAAUUGCUUCUCCACAAUGUCCAGAAGUCUUGCCUCUUUCGACUCAAGUAAUUGCUUCACCUCAACGUCCUUUGCUUCAAUACCAUAGACGGGUUCAAACUCCAAUUGUGACUUACACUACUAAUCCUCAAGCAUCAUCUCCUGCUCCAAUCGCCCCUACGGCCACGCCUCCUACACCUGAACUUCCUUUCGCGAU